AUGGGCGAAGGGAUUCUUGUGACUUAUGGGCUCAGGGGAGCGAAUAAUCUCUUGGAUGUCUUGGAUGAGGAGGGGAAGGGAGGGAUAAUUAUUAAGCAACAUCACAUGCCAAAGUUGCGUGUUCAUAGAAAGGCACAACAAUCAAAUCUUAAGUUCAAAGCCAGAAAGAGGAUGCGAGGAAUCGGACAAUCGCAUUUCAUACCAGAUAAACAAAUAAAAAACUUUGACCCAAGGGGUGAUGCUGUUGAAACUGUUUGUCGCACUCUUGCUAUCUUAUUUGUCCAACAAACCGCACCCCAACCAGACGAUCUCCGGUCACCUGACCAGAGAACCGAGCGUCUUCGGAAGCAAAAUUUGGAGUACAGGAACAUGCAGGGUCCGUUGCAUCACUUUGUGAGUCGAGAUUCUCGAAUGACCAACUGGCAUCAGAGCAUCACCGCUCACCCACUGUCGUCAAGCGACAUUAAUCCAAGCCUAUCGGCUGUACGUCUGCUGGUUCAACAACAACAGUCCUCUUCCAGUACCGCCUGUCGCAAGUGA